UGCAGAAUGAAUCAGAGGGGCAGGCUGGUGCCCUGCUAUAAAACCGUGUAGUCCCAAGAAAAGCUUCAACUGCCAUUUCGAUGGAUGACACGGGCACCCAGGACUGCUCGGUUCACUGAGACCAAAUGCGUUUGUUGCUCGAUUACCGCGUUUCAUCCGAGUAUUCUGUCCGCAUAUGAUGGAACGGGCGAUGGAGCAGUUAAAUGUACAGCUGAGUCGGCUGACGCGUUCUCUGCGCCGCGCCAGGACCGUGGAACUCCCGGAAGACAAUGAGACAGCAGUAUACACUCUCAUGCCGAUGGUGAUGGCUGACCAACACAGGUCAGUGUCAGAAUUACUCUUGAAUUCCAAGUUUGAUGUCAACUAUGCCUUUGGUCGAGUGAAGAGGAGCCUACUUCAUAUUGCUGCUAACUGCGGCUCGGUGGAGUGCCUGGUUCUGCUUUUGAAGAGAGGAGCCAACCCAAACUACCAGGACAUAUCUGGCUGCACCCCCCUCCACCUGGCCGCCAGGAAUGGGCAGAAGAAAUGCAUGGGGCGGCUGCUGGAGUACAAUGCGGACGUCAACAUUUGCAAUAACGAGGGACUCACCGCUAUCCACUGGCUGGCGGUGAACGGGCGAACAGAGCUGCUGCAUGACCUGGUGCAGCACGUGACCAAUGUGGACGUGGAGGACGCCAUGGGCCAGACCGCCUUACACGUCGCCUGCCAGAACGGGCACAAGACCACGGUUCUCUGUCUGCUGGACAGCGGGGCGGACAUCAACAGGCCCAACGUCUCAGGAGCCACGCCUCUCUACUUUGCCUGCAGCCAUGGGCAGAGGGACACAGCCCAGAUCCUGCUGUCCAGAGGAGCCAAGUACGUAGCAGACAGAAAUGGUGUUACACCCCUGGACCUGUGUGUGCAGGGUGGCUAUGGGGAGACGUGUGAGAUCCUGAUUCAGCACCAUGGACGCCUCUUCCAGACCCUCAUCCAGAUGACGCAGAACGACGACAUCAAGGAGAGCAUGCUCAGGCAGGUUCUGGAGCAUGUGUCUCAGCAGAGUGACUCCCACUACCACCGUAUCCUCACCAGCCUGGCAGAGGUGGCCACAACCAAUGGACACAAGCUGCUCAGUAUAUCGAGCAGCUACGACUCGCAGAUGAAGAGCUUGUUGCGCAUCGUGCGCAUCUUCUGCCACGUGUUCCGCCUGGGCCCCUCCUCCCCCAACAACGGCAACGACAUGGGCUACAACGGCAACAAGACGCCGCGCAGCCAGGUCUUCAAGCCCCUGGAGCUGCUGUGGCACUCCCUGGAUGAGUGGCUGGUUCUGAUCUCCACUGAGCUGGAGCGCACCUCUCGUGGCGGUGACGCCUCCUCCUCCCCCUCCUCCUCCUCCUCCGUGGCCCCCGGCAGCGAGAUCGCCUCCCUCCUCCUCAAGCAGCAGGAGAUGCAGCCCACCAUCACCACCUCCUUCUCCUCCACCUCCACCCCCUCUGCCUCUCCCUCGCUCCUGGCGUCCGCGAGCGUGGUGGUGAAGCCGGCGGACAUGUGUGCCGAUGGGCAGGACGUCAUCGCCAUGACGGCCAACCGGCUUAGUGCCGUCAUCCAGGCCUUCUACAUGAGCUGCUCCUGCCAGAUGCCACAGGGGAUGACCUCUCCUCGCUUCAUAGAGUUUGUGUGCAGACAUGACGAGGUUCUGAAGUGUUUCGUCACCAGGAACCCCAAGAUCAUCUUUAACCACUUCCACUUCCUGUUAGAAUGUCCAGAGCUCAUGUCCCGCUUCAUGCACAUCAUCAAAGGCCAGCCCUUCAAAGACCGCUGUGAGUGGUUCUACGAGCACCUGCUGGCCGGACAGCCCGACUCGGACAUGGUGCACCGGCCCGUCAACGAGAACGACAUCCUUCUGGUGCACAGAGACUCCAUUUUCCGCAGCAGCUGUGAGGUGGUCUUCAAAUCCAACAACCUGAAGCUCAAGCAGGGCAUCGCCGUCCGUUUCCAUGGAGAGGAGGGAAUGGGCCAGGGUGUGGUGAGAGAGUGGUUCGACAUCCUCUCCAACGAGAUCAUUAAUCCCGACUACGCUCUCUUCACACAGUCGGCCGACGGGACUACCUUCCAGCCCAACAGUAACUCCUCAGUGAACCCGGACCACCUGAACUACUUCCGCUUCGCCGGCCAGAUCCUGGGCCUGGCCCUCUACCACCGCCAGCUGGUCAACAUCUACUUCACACGCUCCUUCUACAAGCACAUACUGGGUAUCCCGGUGAACUACCAGGACGUGUCCUCCAUCGACCCAGAGUAUGCCAAGAACCUGCAGUGGAUCCUGGACAACGACAUCAGCGACCUGGGCCUGGAGCUCACCUUCUCCGUGGAGACCGACGUCUUCGGGGCCAUGGAAGAGGUGCCCCUCAAGCCCGGCGGCACCACCAUACAGGUCACCCAGGACAACAAGGCGGAGUACGUGCAGCUGGUGACGGAGCUGCGUAUGACUCGAGCCAUCCAGCCCCAGAUCAACGCCUUCCUCCAGGGCUUCCACACCUUCAUCCCCCCCUCUCUCAUCCAGCUCUUCGACGAGUACGAACUGGAGCUGCUCCUCUCGGGCAUGCCAGAGAUCGAUGUAAUGGACUGGACCAGGAACACAGAGUACACCAGUGGCUAUGACCUGCAGGAGCCAGUCAUUCAGUGGUUCUGGGAGUCGGUGGAGAACUUCACCCAGGAGGAGAGAGUGCUACUGCUGCAGUUUGUGACUGGCAGUUCGAGGGUGCCUCACGGUGGCUUUGCGUACCUCAUGGGUGGCAGCGGUUUACAGAAGUUCACCAUCGCUGCCGUGCCCUACACCAAUAACCUACUGCCUACCUCCAGCACCUGCAUCAACAUGCUGAAGCUGCCAGAGUACCCCAGUAAGGAGGUGCUUCGUGAUAGGCUGCUGGUGGCCCUUCACUGUGGGAGCUACGGCUACACCAUGGCAUAGAGACAGCCACACCGCCACUGCUGGGUGCUUAUGUGUGUGUGUGUGUGUGUGUUUGCGUUUGUGUGUUAAAGUGGGCUAUGCCUACUGUACAUCAUGGUGUAGAGGCAGCCACCCCAACGCUGCUGUGUGCGUGUGUGUGCGAGUCUGUGUGUGUGUGUGUGUGUGUGUGUGUGUGUGUGAGUCUAUCUGUAUGGAAGACUGAGCUACACUACCACUAUGCUGAGCUUUGCUGCCUUACCAUUGCUUUGUGUGCGUGUGCGUGUGUGUGUGUGUGCGCGUGUGUGUGUGUGCGUGUGUGUGUGUGCGCGCGUGUGUGUGUGUGUGUGUGUGUGUGUGUGUGCGUCCGUGCGUGCGUGCGUGCGUGCGUGUGCGUGUGCAUGUGUUAAGUGUUUGGUUCGUACAAGCAUACCUACCAGUAAUGCAGUGCAGGGAAACCAGAAGCAUUUUGGGCAAUGAAGCGACACCGCCCCUUACAGCAGAUAUCCCAUGAUGCCCUGUCUUGCCUGUAAUAAAUCAGUACAUGUGUGUAAGUGUGCAUACACAUGAGUGGGACUGAACUGGGCAGAAUUGAGGAGAGAGAGAGAGAGAGAGAGAGAGAGAGAG